AUCUAGGGGAGCUGGAGAACGCGCCCUUUACCGACAAGGAGCCCUAGGCUGGUUAGGUGUAGGGCCCGGUGGCGUUACCGCAAAUACAGUGGGAAAACGAGGUCAUCAUACCAAAGCUGUCCCUAUAUGCAAUCGUUGUAGUUAACGGCCGGACACUAGUCGGGCCUCUGGAGACUCUGGAUACUCGCACAUCACAGACAACUGUCUCGGAGGUCUAAGUACCCCUCUGUCCCGAACAUCGUUCCCUCCCUCGCUCUCUCCCUCUAACUCUCCACUUCGUCUUUCUACUUUUUCUAUGUCGACUGAUUGUCGAAGCCCUUGAAUGCAUCUGAUCUUAUAGCUUUUUUCAAAUGGCAUGGACGGAGAAAGAGGUUGGUAAUGGGAGAGACAGGGAACCAGUUGGAGGUAAUGGUUUCUCGAAAGUUUCUCAGACUUCUUCUAGUACUAGUUCUACCUCACCUGGAUGCUUACCAAAGAAGUUUGAAGGGAAGGAUGCACUUUCUUAUGCCAACAUUCUUCGCUCAAGGAACAAGUUUGCUGAUGCUCUUGCUAUGUAUGAAAAUAUACUUGAAAAAGAUAAUGGAAAUGUUGAAGCUCACAUUGGCAAAGGGAUAUGCCUACAAAUGCAAAAUAUGGGAAGGCUUGCUUUUGAAAGUUUCUCUGAAGCAAUUAGGCAGGACCCACAAAAUUUGUGUGCCCUCACUCAUUUAGGCAUUUUGUACAAAGACGAGGGUCGCCUGUUGGAGGCUGCUGAGUCAUAUGAUAAAGCUCUGAGAAUAGACUCUUCAUACAAACCAGCUGCUGAAUGCUUAGCAAUUGUUUUAACAGAUCUUGGAACCAGCUUAAAGCUUGCUGGCAACACUCAGGAGGGAAUACAGAAGUAUUAUGAAGCUCUUAAAAUAGAUCCACAUUAUGCUCCGGCAUAUUACAACCUUGGUGUUGUUUAUUCUGAAAUGAUGCAAUAUGACACGGCUCUUAGUUGCUACGAGAAGGCUGCACUAGAGAGGCCUAUGUAUGCUGAAGCAUAUUGCAACAUGGGUGUCAUCUUUAAGAACCGUGGCGACUUGGAAUCCGCUAUCACUUGUUAUGAAAGGUGUCUGGCUGUGUCUCCAAACUUUGAGAUUGCUAAGAAUAAUAUGGCAAUAGCCUUGACAGAUUUAGGCACGAAGGUUAAAUUGGAAGGAGACAUCAACCAAGGCGUGGCAUAUUACAAGAAGGCUCUGUAUUAUAAUUGGCAUUAUGCUGAUGCUAUGUACAAUCUUGGGGUUGCUUAUGGUGAAAUGCUGAAGUUUGAUAUGGCAAUUGUGUUUUAUGAACUCGCAUUUCACUUUAAUCCUCAUUGUGCGGAGGCAUGCAACAAUUUAGGUGUAAUUUACAAAGACCGAGACAACCUUGAUAAGGCUGUGGAGUGCUAUCAGUUGGCUUUAUCGAUCAAACCAAACUUCUCCCAAUCGCUGAACAAUCUGGGUGUUGUCUACACUGUCCAGGGUAAGAUGGAUGCUGCAGCCAGCAUGAUUGAGAAAGCUAUUGUUGCAAAUCCUACAUAUGCAGAAGCAUAUAAUAAUUUAGGGGUUCUUUACAGAGAUGCUGGCAAUAUAUCCAUGGCCAUUGAAGCAUAUGAGCAAUGCCUUAAGAUAGAUCCUGAUUCUCGCAAUGCAGGCCAGAAUCGGUUGCUUGCAAUGAAUUACAUAAACGAGGGAAAUGAUGAUAAACUUUUUGAGGCUCACAGAGACUGGGGCAGGCGAUUUAUGAGGUUAUAUCCACAGUACACAUCAUGGGACAAUCCAAAAGAUCCGGAACGACCCCUUGUUGUUGGAUAUGUAUCUCCAGAUUAUUUUACGCAUUCUGUAUCAUAUUUCAUUGAAGCACCCCUUGUGAAUCAUGACUAUGCAAAUUACAAAGUGGUUGUUUAUUCAGCAGUUGUGAAGGCAGAUGCAAAAACGAUUAGGUUUAGGGACAAAGUUUUAAAAAGGGGUGGGGUAUGGAGAGAUAUAUAUGGAAUUGACGAGAAGAAGGUUGCAAGCAUGGUCAGAGAAGAUAAGGUUGACAUCCUGGUGGAACUCACUGGUCAUACUGCUAAUAACAAGUUGGGAAUGAUGGCAUGCCGCCCUGCACCUGUUCAGGUGACUUGGAUAGGCUACCCAAACACAACUGGUUUGCCUACAAUUGAUUAUAGAAUCACUGAUUCACUUGCAGACCUUCCUGAUACGUCGCAGAAGCAUGUUGAGGAGUUGGUUCGAUUACCGGAAUGCUUCCUUUGUUAUAUGCCUUCCCCUGAGGCCGGGCCUGUUUCUCCAACUCCUGCACUUUCCAAUGGCUUUAUUACUUUUGGUAGCUUUAAUAAUCUAGCUAAGAUAACACCUAAAGUAUUGCAAGUCUGGGCAAGGAUAUUAUGUGCAGUUCCGAACUCUCGACUUGUGGUAAAGUGUAAGCCUUUUUGUUGUGAUAGUGUAAGACAGAGAUUUCUUUCAACGUUGGAGCAGCUGGGAUUGGAAUCACUACGUGUUGAUCUUUUGCCAUUAAUUCUUCUCAACCAUGAUCAUAUGCAAGCAUACGCUCUAAUGGACAUUAGUUUGGAUACUUUUCCAUAUGCGGGAACAACUACGACAUGUGAAUCUUUGUUCAUGGGAGUUCCAUGUGUUACUAUGGCUGGUUCAGUACAUGCACAUAAUGUUGGCGUGAGUCUUCUCAACAAAGUAGGAUUGGGACGCCUGGUUGCAAAAACUGAAGAUGAGUAUGUCCAAUUGGCUCUGCAGUUGGCCUCUGACAUUACAGCUCUCUCAAAUUUGAGAAUGAGUCUCCGGGAUUUAAUGUCCAAGUCCCCUGUCUGCAAUGGACCAAACUUCGCCCUUGCUUUGGAGUCAACAUACCGGAGCAUGUGGCGCAGGUACUGUAAAGGUGAUGUGCCAUCCUUGAGGCGGAUGGAGAUCCUGCAGCAGGAGAACUCUGAAGAACCUGUUGUUAAAUUGCCUGAGCCAACAAAGAUCACAAACUCAAGAGAUGAUUCUUCUGGAUCUAUCAAGACAAAUGGAUUAAAUCAGGUCCCGUCAUCAAUGUUGAAGCACUCAACUAGUGAAGAAAAUGGAGUUAGUUGAAUCACAUGGUGAAGGCAAGUUGAGCUGAUCUAGAAUACGAUCCAAUCUUAGUAGGUGCAUCCUGAGGCAUUUGAAGAAAAUGGGGUCAUUUUGGGCCAUUUCAUAGAAAUGUCCAUUGCCUUUGUCUGGAAUUAAGCCCCAUCUGGCUUAUAUUUUACUAUAUGGCAUUUUCUACUGGAAUUGAGACCGACGGUAACUAUGGUGUCAAACCUGUGGUUACCUUGAACAGGAUCUCAACAUUUUUUGGGAAAAGAAUGCGGACAGGAGUCAGUAGUUGGUAUUUAUCUUUGUAAGGUGCAAGGAUAGCAAAUUUGAAGACAAGUGGUAUGCUACGGGCUGUUAUGACUAGGCAGGUUCAUUGCAUUUUUUUCCCCGAAUCAUAGAAAUUGGUGUGGCUUGUAAAUUAUAAAAAGGAGUUUUCUUUUGUUCUUUAGAAUGGAAAGUGGCAAGUGGGAUGGUGGGUCAGGUCACUUGUGGGUGGUAUAAUGCUCUAAAUCCUGCCUCGUGUGUAUGAACAACCUCAUAGAGUUAUGGUGAAAUAUUGAAUAUAGAGCAGCUAAUUUGUGAGAA